GGCGCCGGGAGCGGCCGGGUCCGUACCCGCGGCCCCUUAAGAGGCUUGGGGCGGCGGCGGUAGCACCAGGAGGAGCAGCAGCAGCGGAGGCAGGAUGCAGGCGGCCCCCGGAGCGCAGGCGACGCGGCCCUUCAAGCUGAGGAAGAGUUUCGCCACCAGGCUGGAAGAAGUAGCCGGCAUCAGGGCCAAGUUCCCGACGAAAAUCCCGGUGAUUGUUGAGAGAUACCAGAAGGAAAAAUACCUUCCUCUGCUGGACAAAACCAAGUUUCUUGUUCCCGAGGAGCUGACCAUGACCCAGUUCAUAACCAUCAUCAGAAGCAGGAUGGCUCUAACAGCUACACAAGCUUUCUACCUGCUGGUGAACAACAAGAGCCUAGCCAGUAUGUCCUUGACAAUGGCAGAAGUGUACAGGGACUACAAAGAUGAAGAUGGCUUUGUGUACAUGACAUAUGCUUCCCAGGAGAUGUUUGGAUGCUUCUUACUCACUCAAGGGAAAGCUAUGGAAUGUCUUCAAAAAACCUAAGGCUGGGGUCUGCAUGCUACAGUGAAGCAGUUGUACUGUGAGUCAUGCCUGUGACGUGAAGCUCGGAGAUGCUCCUUCCAAUAUGAGUUCAUGAGCUCUGUACUGGGGAGUCAUGACCCAAAAGCUGGCAGGACCAGCUCAAGGCAGAAAUGGUGGUACACGUUUCCUGGAUAAUAACUUAGAUAUCUAUUUUUAUACCUGAAGACACUAUGGGGUUUUUUGGAACUGCACCUUCACUUUUUUUUUUUUUUUUUUUUUUUUGCAAUACCAAUCUUUGUAACUGCUUUUUAAGGUGUCCUUAAAGUCUAAAUCUAAGAGUAAAAUAAAGAAGCUUUUAAGUAUUGGGUUGAACAUUAGUUUUAAUCUGGGGAAAGACCUAUCUAGGUGAAGGUCCUAGAGCAAUUCUGGGAGUUUGAGCUUAAUGUCUCCUAAAUAAAGCAUUGCUUGCAUAGCCACUCCUUGAACUUCUGGAUGAGAUAACAAAGUUCUGGGUCUGCUCCACUGUGAGUGACUUUACCUAUAAACAAUUUAAGCUAGGUACCUGAGCUGCAAGACUGCAGCUAGCCUUAGAACAGGAUUCAGU